UAAUUGGAAGGCAGUAGCUACCCACCCACCCUUGUUUCCAAUCAUUUCAGCUUUUUCAAGAUCCCCAAAGUAAAACCAUUUGGAAUGGCCUCGGCUACCAAGUUUUCUUACCAGAGACUGAAGCAUGAGAAAGGAGAGAUUUACAGGGAAAUCAAGGCCAUGGCCGAGGCUACGAAGGGUGUCAGUCAAGAGAGAUUCAGGGUUAAGGUUCCAAGCCUGAAGAGGUAUUUGAGGAAGAAAGUGAAGGUUGCUAGGGUUUCGUUUGGGAAGCUGGUGAAGAGAUUGAAGGAGAGUCAAGCUCAUUUUGGUGAUCUUUUCGCUGGGAAUUAUAUGUUCAUUCAAGUGAACCCUACAACCAUGAAAUGUUGCUUAGCAAAACCUUGUCAAGGCAUUGCUCUAACAACCCUGCCUUCUUCUCUCUCUAGGAUUGCUUGAUGUUUUGGGGUUUCAUUUCAGAUUCAAGUGUAAGCAAAGGGAUUUCUGGGA